UCCCGCAGCCUCAGUCACCAGGAGAUCCUACAAUGGCUUUAUCCACCAUCCAGAAGGUGGUCAUGUUCUCCGGCCUGGUGCUGUGCGUGUCCCUGCUCCUGCCCAAAACCUUCCUGAACAGGGGGAAGCCGUCCCUGCAGCAGCCGGAGGGAAGUACCGGCCGUUUCCCGUCUGCUGUUCCUCAUGGUAAACCAGUGGAUUUUAGGGGAGGAGGUUUCCCCCGCUCUCACUUAUCUGAAGCUGUGUCUAAGGCGAAGGCUGGUGGAGGAGGAAGUAACAGCCGGCAGAGUCUCGUGGGGCAGAUAAUACCCAUCUAUGGGUUCGGGAUAUUACUGUAUAUACUCUAUAUACUUUUCAAGCUCUCUAAGGGCAGACCGGUGAAGCCUGAGCCCCGGAGCGCCCCCAUCGCCAACGGGAACCUGAAGAGGAAGAUCACUGACUAUGAGCUCGGCCAGCUGCAGGAUAAACUGCGAGAGACCGAGGAGGCCAUGGAGAAAAUCAUCUCGCGCCUGGGGCCCCACAAUGAGAGAGAAGGUAACGUCAGUGACGGCGAGGAGCAGGAGCUGCUGCAGAGGCUGAAGGAGAUCACUCGGGUGAUGAAGGAGGGGAAGGUCCUGGACGGCGUCACCCCGGAGCAAGAGGCCGAGGAGGCUCCCUACACCGAGGGAUGGGAAGGUUACCCAGAAGAGACGUAUCCGAUCUACGACCCGUCUGAGGGCAGGAGGAGACCCAGCACGAUCCUGGUGGACCGCUCGCUGCUGAACCAGCCCUCAGCGGAGGAGAUCGCCGAGCAGCUGGAGUUCAUGGAAGAUUAUAAUCGUUUCUGCACAGAACACGCAGCGGAGGAUGGGAGUAAUCCUCCUACGGCGUACGACCCAUGUGACGACGCCCAGCGCAGCCCCAUCCGCGCCCCAGAAGAUGAGAUCUGCUCCGAGGAGCCAAGCGACGAUGAGGACCCUGCGGUUCUAGCGGAGAAUGCCGGCUUCAGCUCAGAGGCAGCCAGCGAGGAGGACUCAGAGGCUUCUGUGACAGAUUCGGCUGUGAGCGGAGAUUUACUGGAAACCGUCAGUAAUUCAGUCGGGGAUGAGUUACAGUCUCUGCGCAAACGGAGCAAAAAGUCCCCAGACUGCUAAAUGUCCCCAAAUCUGGUGACUGACGGAGGGACCCGCGAGAGCUCCGGUG